AUGAACUUUUACCUAGAAAUGUCAUCAAAACAUGUAAGUAGCUAUAGUGAAAGACCUCGAAGUCGAUCACUAGAACAGCGUCGAGAAACAGUACAGAGUAAAGAAAAGCCUAGAUCGAGGUCUAAAUCAAGUAAACGCAAGCAUAAAUCCACAAGCAGGGAACGGAAAAAGGAAUCUAAACAUAAGAAAACUAAAAAAAAGAAAAAGAAGAGAUCACACAGCAGUAGCAGUUCUUCAAGUAGUAGUGACAGUGAUGAGGAGGAACUAAAGUUGCUCCAGAGACUAGAAGCGGAACGAUUAAGGUUGAAAGAAGAAAAAAAAAAGCAGAAAGAGCUAUUAAAAGCUAAUGAAACCCCUGAAGAAAAAAGAGCUCGAAGACUUAGAGAAAAACAGGAAAAGGAGCGCAAAAGACGUGAGCGUAUGGGCUGGGAUAAUGAAUAUCAAUGCUAUACAAAUCAGGACAAUCCUUUUGGGGACUCUGCCCUCACAAAUACUUUUGUGUGGACUAAAAAGCUGGCUAAGGAAGGUGUUAAGAAUGUCUCACAUGACGAACUUGAGGCUCUGAAUAGACAGAAGCAAUUGGAAAAUAAGAUAGAGUUAGAAAAGGUGAAGCAGCGGCGGCUGGAGCGCGAGGCGGAGCGCGCGGCGCGAGAGGCGGAGGCGGCGGCGGCGGCGCGCGCGCGUGAGGCGGCGCAGUUCAGCAGCUGGGCGCGCCACGAGGACGCCUUCCACCUGCACCAGGCGCGCCUGCGCUCGCAGAUACGCAUACGCGACGGCCGCGCUAAGCCUAUCGACCUGCUGGCCUGGUAUGUGAGCUCAGAGCAAUGUGUCGACGCUUUGGAAAUGCACGAGCCGUAUACUUACUUGAACGGAUUGCACGCACAGGACUUAGAAGAUUUGCUGGAAGAUAUCAAGGUGUACAAGGAGCUGGAGGGCGCGGGCGCGGGGCGGUACUGGGAGGACGUGCAGACCAUCGUGCGCGACGAGCUGGCCAAGCUGCGCCGCGCCGCCGCGCCCGGCGCGCGCCGCGACGGCGUGCACCGCGCCGUGGCCGACGACGUCACGCAGAUCUUCAAGGGCAAGUCGGGCGCGGCGCUGGCGGCGCUGCAGGAGGAGAUCGAGCGCAAGAUGAGCGCGCGCCGCGACGGCGUGGACGUGCCCUACUGGGAGAGCCUGCUCAGCCAGCUCAAGGCGCACAUGGCGCGCGCGCGCCUGCGCGACCGCCACCAGCAGAACCUGCGCCGCAAGCUGCAGCUGCUCAAGCGCGAGCAGGGCGUGCAGCCCGCGCCCGCCGCCGCUGCCUCCUCCGCCGCCGCCUCCUCCGCCGCCGCCUCCUCUGCCGCCGCCGACGACGACGACGACGCCGCCGCGGGGUCACAGGAGCCCGUAGAGAAGACGGAGCCGGAGGACGCGCCCGCGGCGCCGCCGGAGGGCGAGCCGGAGUCGUCGGACAGCGAGGCGGAGGCGUGGGGCGCGGCGCAGUACGCGGCGGGCGGCUACUCGCCGCGGCCGCUGCCCGCCGCCGCGCUGGAGCCCGGCACGCUGCUGCUGGACGCGCGCGACGACGAGCGCCGCCUGGCCUACCUGCGCGCGCGCCUGCACGCCCGCGCGCGCCCGCCGCCCGCCCCCGCGCCCGGCCCCGCGCCCGCCCCCGCGGGCGGCGACGCGCUCGAGGCGGCCGCGCGCCGCUCCAUGGGCGCGGGCGGCGGCGCGGACGGCGAGGGCGCGCAGUUCAGCGUGGAGCACGCGCUGCCCGACCAGCCCUGCCUGUGGGCGGACAAGUACCGCCCGAGGAAGCCCAGAUACUUCAACCGAGUGCACACGGGCUUCGAGUGGAACAAGUACAACCAGACGCACUACGACAUGGACAACCCGCCGCCCAAGAUCGUGCAGGGCUACAAGUUCAACAUCUUCUACCCCGACCUCAUCGACAAGCAGGCCACGCCGGAGUUCUCGCUCAAGCCCUGCCCCGAGAACCCCGAGUUCGCCGUGCUGCGCUUCCACGCGGGCCCGCCCUACGAGGACAUCGCCUUCAAGAUCGUCAACCGCGAGUGGGAGUACUCCUACAAGCGCGGCUUUCGCUGCCACUUCCACAACAACAUCUUCCAGCUGUGGUUCCACUUCAAGAGAUACAGAUACAGGCGA